AUGAUUCCUAACGCUAAUCUUUUGAACGCUGAAGGAGUUUUCACGAGCCUGUCGUUGGCCUGCAGUAUUCCCGCGACAGCAAAGGACUGCUCACUCUCACAAAUGGCUCAGUUUGAGAACUAUCUAUCUGUAUUGGUACUACGCUGGCGUUGGUGCUUUGAUAGCAAGAUUAGUGGUGAUGACACUGGAAAGCCAAUUGCGCCGCUCGGUAAGCCUAACGAGCCCCAUGGAAACGAGAUACCAUCCCAAGGGGCUGCGCGACGCGUUGGCAACAUUGACCUACACGGUACAGCAAGGUCUCAUUUCGCUCAUCUGGUGAGCCGUGCGAAUGCCGCAGAUCAGCCCGGCGUCUCCGCAAUAGAUGCGGCAAACCGUUCUUCCCCUGAGAACACCGAAUUUCCACAAGAUCACAUCGGCCGGGAUCCGGACUCUCGGGAUGUGGCUCUUGCACACCACACCCAGGACUCUGGCUGA